AUGGCGGCGGCGACGGCGGCGGCGGCGGCGGCGGCGGCCCGUGGGGCCGGGACGAGGGUGGCGGCGGCCCUGCUGGGCGGCUGCGGGAGUGCGGCCCGGGGGUGGCCGCGCGCGGGCCCCGCACGGCCCUUGUGCACAGCACCUGGGACGGCCCCGGACAUGAAAGGCUACCUGUGGGAGCGCUACCGGGAGGCGAAGAGGAGCAAGGACGACUUGGUUCCUUCAAUUAUGAACAACUUGUUGAAUCCAGAUGCCAUUUUCUCAAACAAUGAGAUGAGCCUGUCGGACAUUGAAAUCUAUGGCUUCGAUUAUGAUUAUACCUUGGUGUUUUAUUCAAAGCACCUCCACACGCUGAUAUUUAAUGCUGCUCGGGACCUUCUCAUCAAUGAACACCGGUAUCCGGUGGAAAUCAGGAAGUAUGAGUAUGACCCAAAUUUUGCAAUUCGUGGACUUCAUUAUGAUGUGCAGCGGGCAGUAUUGAUGAAGAUUGAUGCUUUUCAUUACAUCCAGUUGGGAACCGUCUACAGAGGCCUCAGUGUUGUCCCUGAUGAAGAAGUCAUUGAAAUGUAUGAGGGGUCCCACGUGCCCCUGGAACAGAUGAGUGACUUUUAUGGAAAGAGUUCUCAUGGAAACACCAUGAAGCAGUUCAUGGACAUCUUCUCCCUGCCGGAGAUGUCCCUCCUCUCCUGCGUGAAUGAAUACUUCCUUAAGAACAACAUCGACUAUGAGCCUGUCCAUCUGUACAAAGACGUCAAGGAUUCAAUUCGAGAUGUGCACAUCAAAGGAAUCAUGUACAGCGCGAUCGAAGCAGAUAUUGAAAAGUACAUCUGCUAUGCUGAGCAGACCCGUGCAGUGCUGGCCAAACUGGCUGAUCACGGCAAGAAGAUGUUCCUAAUCACCAACAGCCCCAGCAGUUUUGUGGACAAAGGGAUGAAGUAUAUUGUCGGAAAAGACUGGAGGGACCUGUUUGAUGUGGUCAUCGUUCAGGCCGAGAAGCCAAACUUCUUUAACGAUAAGCGGAGACCUUUCCGCAAGGUGAACGAGAAAGGUGUCUUGCUCUGGGACAAGAUCCACAAGUUGCAGAAAGGCCAGAUUUAUAAGCAGGGCAAUUUAUAUGAAUUUUUGAAGCUUACUGGAUGGAGAGGAUCCAAAGUGUUGUAUUUUGGUGACCACAUAUACAGUGACCUGGCGGAUUUGACCCUGAAGCAUGGCUGGCGGACUGGUGCGAUUAUCCCGGAGCUGAGAUCCGAGCUCAGGAUCAUGAACACGGAGCAGUACAUUCAAACCAUGACCUGGCUUCAGGCCCUGACCGGGUUAUUGGAGCAGAUGCAGGUUCACAGAGAUGCCGAGUCACAGCUGGUUCUGCAGGAGUGGAAAAAGGAAAGAAAGGAGAUGAGAGAAAUGACCAAAAAUUUCUUCAACACCCAGUUUGGAAGCUUGUUCCGCACAGACCAGAACCCGACCUAUUUCCUGAGGCGCCUGUCGCGCUUCGCUGACAUCUACAUGGCGUCUCUGAGCUGCCUCUUGAACUACGAUGUCAGCCACACGUUCUACCCGCGGAGGACUCCACUGCAGCACGAACUUCCCGCCUGGUCGGACAGGGCCCCCACCUUCAGACUCCCCCUCCUGCAGGAGGCCCACGCCAAGUAACCAGGUGCCCACCUGCGGAAAAAGCCAGAAGCAGGGACAACCCCCAACUGGCUGGACGUGAUGGGGUUGACUUGUGUGCAAAUGAGUGUUGCUUUUGGAAAAGAUACAAAUACGCCUUUUGGUAUUCAUUACCUUACGGAGACUCCUUCCACGUUGUUGAGACAGAAGCAGGCAGCCCCCCAGUUCCGCCUUUGCGUUUCUCGUUGGGGCGAGUGGCAAGCUUCAUGUUGAAACCCUGCGAUCAGCCUUUUUGUUUACCAAGGUACUGGAACGGGUGUCCGUGUUUCUGGGCUAGGUGAGCCUUGUUGAUGCCAUCUCUCAAUUCCAGCCGCUGAAGUGUCGCAAAUGUUCUUGACUCUUCCGUGGACAGUGGGCUGACCGUUCACGGGCAGUGCUGUUGGGGACCGCAGGGGCACAGUGCCGGGCGACAGUAAACAGCUUGUGGAAAGCUGAUGGAUGAGUCUGUGAGCUCCAUAAUAACAUCCGUAACAGUAUUGUACGUAGCCUCCAGUGCCCACAUCAUGUGGUACUAGGGCUGUGGCAUCCUGGUGCGUCACUCGAAGGGAGACUCAGCAUCCCUGCAAAAUCUUCUGUGAAAGAACAGAGAAGUUGCAAGUCCUUGACUCGUGGUUGUCCUCAGCUGAGGCCACUUCCCGGGGCCUGCCCCAUGCUGGGAGCACCUGUGGGGUCGCGGGUGAUGGGUGCGUCCACUCCUUCUGCGGGGAAGGAGGGUGAGGAGACCAGAGCUCUGCUUUACUGCAGAACCCGGCUGCGAGAAACAAGCAGGUCGGAGGAACCAGCGCAUUUGUGGUGGCCCUCCCGGGAGUUUAUCCCCCCUGAAAACGCCACCCACGUGUUAGUUUGAUGUGCCCACUGGAGGACAAAAGAUGAAGCAGGCGCAAAAAAUGUCCUUGUAAUGAAAUGCCCCUCCCGGACCCCUGCAGGGUUGUGUUGGAAUCUUGUUAAAACAUCUGCAUGACCAGCAGGGGAGGAGGAGGUGGCCCCAUCACUCACUGCUUAGCUUCCCAGCCCUGUCCUCCCCUUAGAUCUCCUCCCUGCCACGUUGGUGUGGCUAUUUUGGGAGCCUGGGUGGUUUUCCUGAGGUGUGUGUUUAAGGUGGGAGAGGAUAAAGGGCAAUGGAAGCUAGGAGGAGACUUAGGAACGGCUGGCUCAUCAAGCGUCUCAUUCCUUUCUAAGGACAACUCGAGUGGCACGCAUGCUUGUCCCCAGUGGAUGCGGGUGGCAGGGCCCUGAAAGGGGACUUGUGGAGAGUGCUCGCUUAUUCAGCAUUUUAUUGUGGUUAAUGUAUCAGAACCAGCUUCUGAUGACAUUUUAGCUUGGCAUUUCAGAGAGCACCUGCCGCAAUGCACAAAAGAUGUGAGUUACACGGCUUCUGUGAUGCCGUUCGUAAUGCCCUUUAGACCCAGGAGGCCCGAUUUGGCCCCUUUUUUUACUUCUAAAUUUUGUUACAAACACUGUAGCCCAUUCCUUUUCGGGAAUGGGGUAGGCAUUUUGUUUGCUGUGUGUUAGCUCCUAUGUGGUUUAAGCAUCAGAGGGUAUUGCGGAUGGGCAUUUAAUGGGUGCAGGUGGAUGCCCAGGGUGCUUGGUGUUGGGGUCCUCGGCAGACAGGCUGUGCUCAUGGCUUUAGAGUUUCUGCCUGGAAAAGCUGAGUGAGGAAGUAAAAAAGUUUUUUUUUUUUUUUCCUCUCAGUUUUAAUCUAAUCAGAUAGUCAUUGAUGUCUCCUUGGUGCCAGUUACAAGGUGUCUUGUUUACUCAAGAAUAAAGUAGCGCUGUUUUUAAAACUGCUUUUAUGGAGAACUAGGUUAGGUGACCCGAGCCUUGGGGGAGAAAUAGAUUUUUCUUGGAAUGAAUAAUGAAUUUUACAACAUAUUACCCAUUAAGAUUUCAGUCUCUGGGCCACUGAACGUGGCAGUAUUGAGACAUGCCACGUAGCAUCUGUCUGAGCCGGGCCCGCGGAGCAGGCACCUGGCGGGCGGAACCCACACCAGGGCCAGCCACACGAGUCGGGGCAACCGUGUCCAUGUGAAGGACAGACAGAGGCAUGCUUCCUGUGUGUGCUCAGUCAAGAUAGAUUGUAACUGUCGUGACUCAGUUGGGAUUUGGCACAUGGCACCGGACAUUUUGUUCUUUCCAGUUCUCUGUGGUGCACACUGAGAGAAGCACAGUGGUACAAGGGAACGGAGUCUGUUUUCUACCGUUUAGAAAAUCGGUUUGGAAAGUGAACAGAAGAAAAUGGAUCUGCACGUUGCAAAUAUCUCCCGUUUUUCUCAUCGGUUAGGCAGGUGGUGCAGGGACGGUCCGGCCGGCCGCAGCGGCUCAGCGAGGCUCAUGGUACUCAGAGCCGACUGCCAUGGAAGGGCCCUGCACAACUGGUUUUGCAGUUGCUUUUAUAGACAAAACUCGGCUUUUAAAGUAUUUUAGGAGUUUGGCUUAGAGCUCCCUCUUUCCUCCUGACGUAACCUCUUUUUUUUUUUUAAUUUUUUAAAUUCUCUUCAGCUCCAUUUUCUGCCAUCACCAGGAAUGCUAUGUAACAUACACCACCUGUUACUGAUUUGGGCAUUUGUCAGACUAAAUUACUAGUUGUUUUGAAUGCAUUGGCCCUCUUAAUUAUUGGAAAGGAGAAAGGAGAAGUAAUCUUCCCUCCUCACUAAUUUAGCUUUGGGGGAACUAAAUGGCUUUUCCUCUUCCUCCCAAAGGCCCUUUAAGCAGUAGAAUGUGCUAAAUAUUGGACUUGAUUCCCUGUGCCGCAGGCUCAUUUGCUGCCAAAGAUCCACUCGGGGGCCCUUGUCCAGAAUGCUGUGAGACUACAUUUGCCCGGAGGCAGGGUUCCUUGAUUACUCUAUUCAACUACUAGGGAGCCUGUAUUUUGCCCUCUUAAGACUAAUUUCCUUUUAUACCAAUUCUCUUUCUCUCUCUCUCUUUUUUUUGCAAUAGCAUUUGGGAGCCUGGCCUCAAAUUUAGCUAACUUUUAACACCCUUGUGGGUUAAGGCGAGGCAAGGGAGAGAAGUUUCUCUCUUGCAGGGUUCCGCUGGUGUUGCCUGUAAAAAGGCCAGCGAGGAAGCACUUGGAGCUUUGCGGGCCAUUUUCUGUCGCUAGGGCUCUGGGAACGGGCAUGCUGUGUUCCAUCACAACCUGAUUUCCAAAAACAGCUGCAGGCUAGAUUUGGCUCUCCGGCCAUAGUUUGCCCACCCCUGCGCUAGUGGCUUGUGUUGGUGGCUACAGCACCAGGACUUUGCUGAAAGCACGCAGAUGAACCAACUCAGAGCUGGGUGUGGCUGGGAGAGAGAAGUUCUGUAGGUGAGUGCGCCACACUCCCCUGCUCCCUGGGCAUCCGUGCUUCUGUGGCCACUGUUUCUAGCACAUGGCGUAACCGUUGUGUGUAAUUGAACCGCCAGGCUCAGGCACUGGUUGGCCAUCCCUCGCUGCACUGACUGGUGAUUGUGCUCAUAGAGCGGGAUGGGCUUGGUUGCCCAGAACACCUUUCAGAACCGAAGGCCUUUUCCCCCCAACUGCUGGGUCAGCUGCUGGCUCCCCAUCCUCAGCUGGUGGCCCUGUUUGAGAGCUUCCCCCACUGAAAGCCCUGCCUCAGACGAGGUCAUGCCCGCUUCCUUGGAGCCUCCAACUCCAGCCCUGCUUCCUGCCCUUCUCGUUCCUUCUCUUCCGUUUGCAGGUGUUGUUCCCAAGAACACUCGCCCGAACUCGUCCCGCAUGCAAACCUCACUCAGUGUCUGCUUCCCGGGGCAGCCAACCCGCUACAGCGCUUCUGUGCUUGUUUUUUUUUUUUUUAUUUAGCACCACAGGCUUGAACCCCAAGGAAACCGUGUUCCAAGUAUUUAAUAGAAUGACAGAGUGUGCCUGUAGAAUGGUCUCAGGUGCCAUACGUGCGAACUAAGUAGACUUGCUAUUUAUUCUGGAUGUGAAUUUGCUAUUUAUUCUACAUGUUGAUUUUAUGUGAUAGGAUUGAACUUCUUGCCAAAUAAAAGUUUGAAUUGUGUCGUCUA